GCUGCGCUGAAGCUGUAGACAUGGCUGAUGUCCCCGAACCAGUUCGGUGUCACGAUUGUUUUUGCUCCCUGACGAAAACUAUGGGAAGAGGGAGAAGCCUCAAGCUGUUUUGAAGAUUGUGCAACGAUGCUUGGGAGCCUACCUGCUUUUGCUUGAGUGCUUUCCUCGCUCUCAUUUCUCAGGAUGGGACAGGAAGGGAAGUACAACCAACUCGGACAGCCCUGGUAAUUGGACUCGAAUCCUUCGUAUGCCCUGGGGGUGAGCUAAUUCGUUCUUUCGGGGAGGCGAUUUCACGCCAGAAUGCAGUCUCCGAACAAGCAGGAUGACUGCGCUGCCUGUGCCGCCCAUUCGCGUGGUGCCAGCCCGGCCGAUCGGCUGCUGAGACAGAGAACCAUGAGCCACUCCAGACACAUGGGCAAGAUAAGGAAAAGACUGGAGGAUAUCAAGAACCAGUCCCUGAAGUUGACAAAAGUGGAUUUCAGCCACAACGAAAGCAUAAGAUUGGCCACCGACGCCUUCCUGGAUGGUGGGACAGAUUCUUACCUCGAAACUUUAAGCAAAGAGGGGGAGGUGGAUUUCCUCUCCUCGGUGGAAGCCCAGUACAUCAAGGAUAACGCCAGGGAGUCCUACUAUGCACAGGAGCCCGUGGCCCCCGAGGGGGCGGCUGCGCCGAAGCAGAACGAUGCCGGGUCACUCCCUUCGGGGACCUACUUCCCCACCAUCUCUGACAGCAGUGAGCCAGCCCUGCUGCACACAUGGAUUACAGCCGAGAAGCCCUAUUUGAAGGAAAAAUCCACUGCCACGGUGUAUUUCCAAACAGAGAAGAACAGCAACAUCAGAGACAUCAUACGCCGGUACAUCAACAAGACCACUCAGGUGCUGGCUAUCGUGAUGGAUGUGUUCACAGACACUGAGAUUCUCUGUGACCUCCUGGAGGCAGCCAACAAGCGCAUGGUCUUUGUCUACCUGCUGCUGGACCACAGGAAUAUAGAUCUCUUCUCGGAGAUGUGUGACAAGUUGCAAAUUGCUGAGGAUCUCUUCAAGAAUAUUUCAGUCCGCAGUGUUACUGGAGAGGUUUACUGUGCCAAAUCAGGCAGGAAAUUUUCAGGACAAAUACAAGAAAAAUUCCUUAUCUCUGACUGGAGAUACGUGCUCUCUGGAUCUUACAGCUUCACAUGGCUCUGUGGCCAGGUUCACCGCAACCUCCUCUCCAAGUUCACAGGUCAGGUUGUGGAGCUGUUUGAUGAGGAGUUCCGACACCUCUACGCCCUGUCCAAGCCCGUGAGGGGCCCGAAGUCCCCCCCGCGCGCUUUGCCCUUCCUGUUCAGCAAGAGCUGGGCCCCCCAGCGCAGCCUCCCUGACAGCGACGAGGAAAGCGCCAACACUCUUUCCGACCCCUUCAGCAGCCUCUCGGCUGGCAGCGCCCACCAGGCCAAGCGGCCCCCAAGAACUCUCAUGUUCAGCAGCAGCUUCACCCCCCAGUCACCUCUCCACAGAGUUAACUCCUUCCACGGCCACGUCUCAUUCACACCCCCAGCCCCACCGAUGGCUGCCCAGCCUAACUACUACCAGCCACACUACGUGGCCGAUAGUGCCACCGUUCCCUACAACAACAUGAACAUUUACAGACCCAUCAGACUUAGACCAGAGGACCAGAACAGGACAGGGUUAAGCUCACCCUGGAGAUGCCUCCACAAAGCUAACCUGUUUGCAUAAUAACCACCUUGUUUUGAGUUGCAGGUAGACCUAGUGAGGACCUGUUUAGCAAUCGCUUGUGUGCUGAUGAAUAUAGACAUUCUAUAUAAUACAAAAUGAGGAUGAUUUCAAGCCUCUUGUUUUGUUUUGCUGCUCAUGGAAACCUUCGUUUCCCUAAUUAAAAACCCAAGCCUGCUAACAUGUAAACCUCGGGUGCAUCACCUGGGAAGAACACACCUAACCAACACUGCUCACAGCGCAACACGGGUGCUGCCUGUCCCCUGCAGCACGUUUGUGUAGCAGCAGAUUGAGGCGGGGAACUGCUUCUCAUGGCCUGGCACCUGAAAGGGGGAUAAGCCGCAGCUCAUGACUCUGCAUUUUAUGCCCUUGCUUAAGGAGACCGAAGGCUGCUAUUCAGGUGCCACACGGUGCGAUGCCGGCAGGGGCAGGGACAGCGGCAGGGGCAGGGACAGGGACAGGCUGCCUUCGUGCUGUCACUGCACCUUUGCCUUGAUUGAGGAGGACUCCUGUAGGGCUGAUGGGGAAGCACAGUUUCCACCAGUGCUGUUGCCCAGCAGCAAGGACAUCUGCUGGCAGGGCUGCUGGGAAGGAGCCUGCUGACCAUGACACGGACCCAGACCAACAGUUUGGGUUACAGAGGACAUCUUGCAGCCACCAUGUGCUUCUCUCUGCCCAUCAGUGACACGGGUGCCUUCCAGCACACUUUGUCACAAACCUCCAGUCCCACCAGCUCAGAGCAAUUUUCCUCAUUGCAGCAGAGUUCUGUGGAGUUGGAAUGGAAAACGAAGCUGAGUAAAGAAGCAAAGUCCUCCUUAGUAACACACCAGGACUGAGUUCCAAUUCAUUUAAUAGCACAUGGAUCUUAGAAAUCCUCUCAAAGGUUGUUUGAUUGCACAUUAAGUUAGAGAUAAUGAUGCUUUAUUUCAGAAUUCUUCAAGGUUUCUAAUUUUUUAAGAGAAACUGGGUGUCCAUCUCUAUUGAAUACAGAGGGAGUUACAGAGGUUCAGCAGCUUGAACCAAAAGUAGAGAAACUUUCUGCCAAGCAAUCCAGGAAAACUAUGGCAGCAUCCAUAAGUGAAGGGCAAAAAAUUCUAAGAAAAUUCAGGAAACAAACGAUUUACAUCGAAAUCCCAAAGUUGCUAGAUGCCUAACAUCUAUUGAUGUCUCAGUAGAUAAUUUUUUUUACAGCUGCUUUACAUCAUCUUUCAUUUUACUCCAACAGAAAACAGCAACCUAAACACAUUUGCAUAUCUGGCCCAUUUUGCCCAACUUCUCACUCAAAAAGGAAAUACAAUUUAAUUAUUUAGGCUGUGGAUGAUGAAAAUUGUGUGCAGCUGUAAGAUCUCAGAUUCUCAUCCUUGGAAAAGCAAUCAUUUUGAAAGCAUUCUGGUCAAGUUUACAAGAAUAUUUUGAAAAUUUCGUAUUACUAGGAUGAUGGACAUGUCCUGCUCUAGCUUAUAUUUUUUUUUUAGAUAUUUUUACCCCUGGUAUGAAAUUUUAGAGUCCAGAAUAAACCAUUGCAUAUAAUUGUAAAUUCUGUACAUAACUUUUUUUGAUUCCUUGGGAAAAGGGGAAAGUUGAUUUUCAUUCUGAUGACAACUCUACUUAAUUAACUCAAUAUGACAACCACUCAAAUAAAAUACUUUCAUGAAAAUCCC